AUGCGGGCGCACACACACACACACACACACACACACAGAAUGAGUACGGAGCCGCACAAUGAGCACGCCCCACAUGUUUUGGGAAGAAAACUGAAAGCUAGGAAAGUUGAGCGGCUACAAAGCUUGCGGUUACGCAGGCGACCUGUCGUGAGCGGUGCGUUGCCUGCCGCGACAGAAUUCUGUGAUGCGGCUGGUGUAUCCGAGGUUACUGGAAACAAAAGCGCAGCACAGGUGGACACCUCAACUUCCGUUUGUAAGGAGCGCGAACGUUCUUUUCCUUCCACAGGUGAUGGAUGCGGUGCACCGAGAGCCUAUCUGAACUCAACGACAUCGAAAUUGACAAAACAAGCACAUUUUUCUUCUCCCUAUAUGGACACAAGGAUUCCUAUCGCUUGCUCGGAGGAGUAUCAUUGGGCUCCGCUGCAUACUUCAUUUGCCCAUGAGCUAGUAGCGGAGCACAACACCCUUGUAGAAUGGUACGAGGAGCAUUUUAUUAAGUGCCAACAGCAGAGCACCGAGCGGCAACCGCCAUUUUCGCCGGAAGAAAAUUAUACUGAAGUUUUACCCGUUUGGCUCGCCGUCGCGCGAUCACGCCAUCGGGAGCUUUCCCGUUUUGUGCAAUAUCACCGCACGUACUUCAACGGAAUUGACAUGGAGGAACUGCAACUCACUGAAGAAUGCCUUCGAAGACUUGAGCAGUGUUUGGUGAGUGCAGGGUGUCAGGAGUUGACCUCAUGUUCUGAUUGUUCCGCUACGUUAUCUGCGGAUUGCUACGGAGAGGCCGCUGGCCACUCACCAGAGAAACAUCCGGGUUGUACCGCCUUAGGUAUUCCUAGGCAGUGCACUAAUGUUUCAGUAGAAGUUGUUGAUGACGUUGGGAAAGGGUCUCAACUGUCGUUGCAUUCCUUUCCUGUAGCUGAUUCACAUGCUGUGCAGUUAUGUUUGGGGGAAACUAAUUGGAGGACUGCCGCACGUGUAAGUGGGAAGGACUGCAGGGUCGUGUGUAACAGACCGCCGCCGCCCGUCCCAGGUGAUCUUGGUUGCGAAGGAAUGACAGACGACGUGAUUACGGAGCGUGAUGUGUAUUUACAGCCCUUUCUCACUUACUUUAGUUUUUCACCUCAGGGAAGGCAAAGCCGAAGGGUCAAGUUAUUCCUCGCUAUUGUCGCCCUGUCUUUGAUAUUUUUUUGUGUGGCUGUUGCAUUGGUGUCACAAAAGUUUCGAUGA